AUUUGAUUUUUUCAGUAUAAGAAAGUUGGGCGGCCAAUUUUUGGCCUGAAAAAACAGAAAAAAUAACGUAAAAAGAAAGCUAAAAUAGAAAAGAAGAUAGGAUUUUUUGUUUGUUCACAUUUUAUAUUAUUUUCUUCCAAAGUUAUGAAAGUAACAAAGCAUUGAUUACCAUUGGCCAAGGUGGAGAUGAAUUUCUCCUGUGACCAUCAAGGACCUCUUAUUGCAGAUAUCGCUGCUCUUGUUUUCUCUUUUCUUGACGUCCCAGAGAAGCAAACAGCAGCUCAAGUUUGUCGUCUGUGGAACAGAGUCUCGUAUCUGCCUUUUCUUUGGCGUGAUGUGACGGUUGUUUUGCCUUUGGACUGUACGGAAGAACUGGUGAAAAGUCUUCAAAGGCGACGGAUAACGAAAGUGAAUUGUACAAGGGCGAACACAACAGACUUGUCCAUUUUGUUCAGCAAUUUGCCGGGAAUUACUCAUCUCAACUUAGGAGGUUGCCCUCAAGUGACUGAGUUGUUUCUUAAAAGAGAAAUUCCUAAAUUACUGGAUCUACAGCACCUUUCCUUCAGACGAUGUGGAAGGUUGUCCGACAGUGUUUUGGAGGCUUGUGGCCCACACCUAAAAAAGCUCACCAGUUUCACCCUAGAGGACUGUGAUAAUAUAAGUGAAGUUGGCUUUCAGGGUUUCAUCAAACACUUAAAUAAUCUUGAGGUACUGGAUUUGACUUGGUGCGAGGGUCUAACAGAUGCUUGCCUGAAGACACUGGCAAAUAACUGUCCCAAGGUGUCACGCCUGAGUCUGCGAGGAUGUGACUGGGUAACAGUGCUUGGUGUUCGUUAUGUAGCUGAAAAUCUCAAGGAGGUAUCGGCACUUGACUUGAAGUGGAGCCAUGGAAUAACUGAUGUUGCAGUUAAGCUAGUAGCUCAAAACCUCCCAGAAGUGACAUUUUUGGAUGUCAAGGAUUGCCCGUUUGUAACUAGUGAAGGCAUUAGACAUGUUACAAAGUACUUGACAAAAAUAAGGCACUUGUCAUUUGGUGGAGGUGAUCAGCUGCAUUUUGCAGACAAUGUUCAGGACAUUGAAGCCAUGUUCAUGGAUAUUGCAAGGCUUACGGAGCUCAGUUGUUUAGCAUUUGACUUUUGUGAUGGCAUCAGUGAUUCUGCAAUGCAUACUUUGAUUAAAAGCUUGCCGAACCUAAAAGUGCUUGAUGUGGGAUAUGUUGAAACUAUUAGCGACAGCACUGCUGACCUGAUUGGCUCACAUUUACAAAAACUUGAGUCAUUAUCAUUAAGCAGUCAGAAACUGGCAGACAGAGGAGUCACCACAAUUGCCAGUAAGCUUACUCAGCUGAAAUCACUUGACCUGCGUAACUGUGAAAUUAGUAACAAUGGAAUGGGAAGAAUGGCUCCAUAUUUAAGAAAUCUGAAGUCUUUGAUCUUAUCAUCCCAUUCCAAGCUCACUAAUGUUGGGGUAAAGUAUAUAGCGAAUUUUGUGAAGAACCUUACAAGCCUUGACUUGAUGGACUGUUGUGGAGUUACAAAUGCAGGUGUUGCAAUUCUUGCUUUCAAUUUGACUCAGCUACAGCAAUUGAAUUUGUCCUACUGCAAGCGUGUCUCCAACCCAGGUACAGUAAAACCAGUGAACAUGUUAGAUAAAUAACUCAUCUCCAUGACAGAAGUUUACAUGGAUAAACCUCUUCCUUUCACCCCUUCCAAGGCUGUACUCUAAGAAGAAUUGAAGGGAGCCCAGUGCUCUGAAUCUGUGAAAUCCAGCAUAUGAUUUCCAUGAAAAAACUACUAUUUUCUUGUUGCCAGGGAGCAAAAGUUAGGCACCAGGGGCCAAAUUUUCAUGAUAUUUGCCUUAGUUUUCUUUCCGUUUUAAGAGAUUUGAAAAUUUGCAUUAAAUAUUAACAAGGCUAUCAUUUAGUUUAGAAGCAGUUGUAGCAUAUAAAUUUUCACUGUUUGAACAACUUAAGAAGUGUUCAUAGGCUAUUCUUCGAUUACCCACUUUCAUCAACUGUGUCAAAUCUUGCUCUUCUUUGAGAGCAAGGAUUGGCACAUUGCAUUCUGUUUGGGUCCUGUUAACACUUUAAACAGACCUUAUAUGACUUCUUCUUUAUAGGUGUGUGUGAAGUUGGUAAAUACCUCAAAGAGCUCAGACAACUCACAUUGGACCAGACCAAAGUAACAGACCGUGGGUUUGUUUAUGUGAGCCGACAUCUUCCGAAGCUUGUUUCUCUUGGCAUUGAGGGGUGCAAGAUAACUGACAGAGGUCUGAUCAAGGCUGCAGAGUCACUUGCAAACCUAGAAGAGCUUGAUCUAGGUUCAAAUUCAAUUACAGAUGCUGGAAUCCAGCAGGCUGUUGUCUACUUGAAGGGGUUAACAGAUAUGACAUUGACCAGCUGCAAUGCAAUCACCGAUGCAAGCAUUGAGAGUGUUAUUAAAGGUCUGCCUUGCUUGACUCAUUUGGGAAUUGAGGGCUGUUUUAACAUCUCAGAGGAGGCAGUAGAGAGACUCAGGGAGACUGCAAAAUCAGCCAUCAGUUUUUUUUGA